CUCCGCCCCCGCCGGUCCCUCCCGACCCGGCACAGCUGCUUCCGGGCUCGCACGGCUCCUGGAGGCCGCUCCCCGGACGCUGGGCCCCGGAGCUGCCCGCAGCGCAAAGCGCCCAGACCCUGGGUCCCCAGGUUAGGCCGGCACCGUGUCUCGGGGCUGCCAUCUCCAAGGACAUCUCUGCUGUGACCUUGCGGGAGCCGCGUCUCAGCGGCGCCCUCGCGGGACAGCGGGGCCACUUGGUGGAGCCGUAGCCUCCUAAGUUAAGGAAUGUGUGCAACUGGCUGGAGUUCCCCGGACCUUCCAUCCCGCCUUCCCCUCACCCGGGACUUCCUGUUCCCUGAGCUCCCCUGAGCGGAGGGUUAGAGGCUCCUCAGAUUCAGGGCCCGAGGACUCUGGGCCACCUUCCUUCCGGCUCCGAUGGAGCACCACCUCCCCCCUUUUUUGGGGCACCUUGGGGUGUGGCCUUGGUGAGUGAAACUUAGGGUGCCGACUGCUUGGGAAGGAAAUCUGAAAACACAGAGCAUUUGUGGGGUGACCCCGGCCUUAUAAGGCCCUUGAUGUCUUGUGUGUGCGUGGGGUGGCAGAUGGAUUUCUUCUCCCCUAAACUGACAAGGAAGCGGGCCAUUUACCGCACUUGGGGCUACGUGAGCUCUCUCUGAAUUCGGAGGAGGACAUCACCCAACAGAUAUCUCUUCCGAAGCGGAGCCGAUUCCGGCCAGGAAGCGGUCGCAGAUUUGGAGGGGCUCGUUACACAGUUCAGUCAUGUUCCUGCGAAGGCUUGGUGGCUGGCUACCUCGACCUUGGGGCCGCAGGAAGUCAACAAAGGCUGAAUUGCCUGCCCCAGAAACCAGAUGGGCGGACAGCUCUCCCGAGAAUUCAGGCAGCGACUGGGACAGUGCCCCGGAGACAAUGGGAGAUGCAGGGCCUCCUAAGAACAAGGAUUCGGGGAAACUGAGGACCCCUGGGGCUGCUCCGGGGAUGAGCAGGGAGGACCAAGCGGACCAUGCGGGGAGCAAAAGAAAGGAUUCCCUCAAGAGGAACAAGACUGUCUCUAGCGCUCAGGAGCCUGCAAGACUGGAGACUGGAGACACCAUUCCCAAACUGGAUUCAGGUGGCAUGAAGAACCUUGGAGGGUCCCCCCAAGGGGGACUAGGCACCACUGGACCAGAAGCCCUGUCGGAGAAACCUGGUCGCCGUCAGAAGUUGCUGUGCUGGCUUCGGGGGGACCCGGGGGCCCCCUCAGGUUAUCUGCGGGACCCAGAGGAGUACCUGCAGAUCUCUACCAACCUGACCCUGCACCUGCUGGAGCUACUAGCCUCGGCCCUGCUGGCUCUGUGCUCCAGGCCACUGCGCGCUGUCUUGGACGCUCUGGGCCUCCGAGGACCCGUGGGCCUCUGGCUGCAUGGGCUGCUGUGUUUCCUGGCGGCCCUCCAUGGACUCCAUGCUGUGCUGAGCCUGCUCACCGCCCACCCCCUGCAUUUUGCCUGCCUCUUUGGCCUCCUGCAGGCCCUGGUGCUGGCUGUCAGCCUCCGGGAACCUAGCGAGGAUGAGGAGCCUGCUGACUGGGAGAGCGAGGGCCAGGGGAGGGAGGUGGAGGAGCCGAGGGAAAGUCCAGGGAGGGUACUGUGACUGGGUGAGGGUUGGGCGCAGGGUGCUGGAUAGUGGAAUGGCCUCUAGGAGGAAGGUGGGGAGACCCAGAUCUCAGCACAGUGACCUCAGGGAUGGGGAGGAGACUCAGGAGCAUGAAGGCACAGGAGCCCUGUCCUAUGAGUGGCCCAUGGCCAGGGCUGUCCCGUAAUGGACAAUGGGGCCUCAGCGUUUGAAUCACCAGCUGUUGUUAUUUCUUCCUUUUAGAUUUUCACCUUUUGUUUUUUUAAUUACCACCUCCAAUCUCCCCCCACCUCCACUUUUUAAGAGCAAAAUAAAAGAAAGUAAAAGUCACAGUGGGGAAUGAAGGCCAAGGGGUCCUUUCCAGCCCCGGGGUGGAUGACCCGGAGAUCCAUGCAGUCCCUUGGAUCCUAGGACCCACGGGAGCCAUCUAAGGAGAGUGGGGCUGUGAGGUAGGAGGAACAGGGAUUCUAGAAGGGACUGCAGGUGUUGUGGUACCCCCCCCCGCCCCCCGCCCCCCCCCCUGGGGAGGGUCUGGUAUUCAGUAGGAUCCAGAAGAGACAGGGAUGGUGCAGGCCUUAUUGGCGUGAGGCCUGGUUCAUAACGGCUUUGACGGGUGACACAGCGCCUGUCACUGGGCAAUAAAUGUGCUACACUAAACCCUAAAUACACCAGUACAAUGUGA